CUCCUCCUCGCCUUCACCUCGCUACGCGCAGGCGCAGCGCCUUCGCACAUGCGCCGUUGGGUCGGCGACGGGCGGGCGAGGGUCUGCAUCCGGGUCGCCGUCGUGCCGCCGCCGUGCCCAUUGUCUGGGGAGGGGGUCCGAGGCUCAGCGGUCCGCGCCCGAGGGGCUGAGGCGGCGCCGCGCUGCCGCCGCCUGGACACGUUCCCAGUCGCCGCCGCUCACCUGCGUAGCCUUUAUGGACCGCAGCUCGAAGAGGAGACAAGUGAAGCCUCUGGCGGCUUCCCUGCUGGAAGCUUUAGAUUAUGAUAGCUCUGAUGACAGUGAUUUUAAAGUUGGAGAUGCUUCAGAUUCUGAAGGAAGUGGUCAUGGAAGUGAAGAUGCAUCAAAGGACAGUGGAGAAGGUUCCUGUACUGAAUCAGAAGAAAAUAUCUUGGAGGAGGAACCAGCAGAAGAGAAAGUAGAAGAGCAACAGCCAAAGAGCUCUGCUGAAGAAGUGCCAACAGCAGACAAAGAGAUAAUUAAGACUGAAAAGAAAGAGCAAGAAGAUGAAGAAGAGAAGCCGAAAAAGAAGAAAGAAAAAGAGAAAGCAGCUGAAACUGAUCCUGUGGCUGAUGAACAAGCAAGUGAACCAAAAAAAUGGAAUUUGCGCAGGAACCGGCCAUUACUGGAUUUUGUGUCAAUGGAAGAACUAAAUGAUAUGGAUGAUUAUGAUAGUGAAGAUGACAACGACUGGCGGCCUACUCCUGAGAAGAAAAAAGGGAAAAAUGCACUGCGAAAAGAAGGGAGUGAUGGAGAUAAUGAGGAUGAUGAAGAUGAUGGGAGUGGAAGUGAUGAGGAUGACAAUGAUGAGGAAGGUAACGAAGAAGAUAAUAGCAGCACAGCUAGUGAUGGAGGAUCCAAGAAGAAGAAGAGUAAAGUUCUUAACAGAAAUAAUGCAGAUGAUGAGGAACUGACAAAUGAUAGCCUGGCUCUUUCACAAAGCAAGAGUAAUGAGGACUCCUUGAUCCUUGAGAAGUCCCAAAAUUGGAGUUCCCAGAAAAUGGACCAUAUUUUGAUUUGUUGCGUUUGUCUUGGAGAUAACAGUGAAGAUGCUGAUGAAAUAAUCCAAUGUGACAACUGUGGAAUAACAGUGCAUGAAGGUUGCUAUGGUGUUGAUGGAGAGAGUGAUUCUAUCAUGAGCUCAGCUUCAGAAAAUUCCACUGAACCCUGGUUCUGUGAUGCAUGCAAAUGUGGUGUCACACCUAGUUGUGAACUAUGUCCUAACCAAGAUGGGAUCUUCAAGGAGACAGAUGCAGGCAGGUGGGUCCAUAUUGUUUGUGCCCUCUAUGUUCCAGGAGUGGCAUUUGGAGAUAUUGACAAAUUGCGACCAGUAACACUUACAGAAAUGAAUUAUUCAAAGUAUGGUGCCAAGGAAUGCAGUUUUUGUGAAGAUCCUCGUUUUGCCAGAACUGGAGUAUGCAUCAGUUGUGAUGCUGGGAUGUGCAGAGCUUAUUUCCAUGUGACCUGUGCUCAGAAGGAAGGCCUGCUCUCAGAAGCAGCGGCAGAAGAGGAUAUAGCUGAUCCUUUUUUUGCUUAUUGUAAACAGCAUGCGGACAGGUUAGACAGAAAAUGGAAACGGAAAAACUACUUGGCAUUACAGUCUUACUGUAAAAUGUCCUUGCAAGAAAGAGAAAAGCAGCUCUCGCCAGAAGCUCAGGCUCGAAUCAAUGCCAGACUACAGCAGUAUCGUGCCAAGGCAGAGCUGGCUCGUACCACCAGGCCACAGGCCUGGGUUCCCAGGGAGAAGCUACCACGACCACUCACUAGCAGUGCUUCAGCCAUUCGCAAGCUUAUGCGCAAAGCUGAAUUAAUGGGAAUUAGUACAGACAUUUUUCCAGUUGAUACUUCAGAUACUAGUUCCAGUGUUGAUGGAAGAAGAAAACAUAAACAACCAGCCCUCACUGCUGAUUUUGUCAAUUACUACCUUGAGAGAAAUAUGCGCAUGAUUCAAAUCCAGGAGAAUAUGGCUGAGCAGAGGAAUAUCAAGGACAAAUUAGAAAAUGAGCAAGAAAAGCUUCAUGUGGAGUAUAAUAAGCUUUGUGAAUCUUUGGAAGAGCUACAAAAUAUGAAUGGAAAACUACGAAAUGAAGGGCAAGGCAUUUGGGCUCUGCUGGGUAGAAUCAUUGGACAGAAAUUGAACAUACCUGCAAUUUUACGUGCUCCUAAGGAAAGAAAACCAAGUAAAAAGGAAGGGGGAACACAAAAGACAUCUACGCUCCCAGCUGUACUUUAUAGUUGUGGAAUUUGCAAGAAGAAUCAUGAUCAGCACCUACUAUUACUGUGUGACACUUGUAAACUCCAUUAUCACCUUGGUUGUCUGGAUCCACCUCUUACAAGGAUGCCCAGGAAGACCAAGAACAGUUACUGGCAGUGCUCAGAGUGUGACCAGGCAGGUAGCAGUGACAUGGAAGCUGAUAUUGCCAUGGAAACCUUACCAGAUGGGACCAAAAGAUCACGUAGGCAGAUUAAGGAACCAGUGAAAUUUGUUCCUCAGGAUGUGCCACCAGAACCGAAGAAAAUUCCAAUCAGAAAUACGAGAACUAGAGGACGAAAACGAAGCUUUGUGCCAGAUGAAGAAAAACCUGAGGAACGGAUUCCCAGAGAAAGAAGACAGCGGCAAUCUGUUCUGCAAAAGAAGCCCAAAUCAGAGGACUUAAGAACUGAAUGUGCUACGUGCAAAGGGACUGGAGACAAUGAAAAUCUAGUCAGAUGCGAUGAAUGCAGACUCUGUUACCAUUUUGGCUGUUUAGACCCUCCCUUGAAAAAGUCUCCAAAGCAAACUGGCUACGGAUGGAUCUGUCAGGAAUGUGACUCUACAUCUUCCAAAGACUCCGAGCCGUCAAAUGAGGUGGUCUCAGAGGCCCCAGGUAAUGUGGUACCCUCUACCUCAAGAAGUAGCUCUGAAGAGCUGAUAUCGGUGGCACAGAAACAUCCAGAAGAGGAAACCUUGAGAGGGGAGAACCAGUAUGCUGAAUUCCCAAAUUCAGAACUCACUGUGAAACAACCCAUCUAAGUUACAUGUGGGAAGAUGAAAAUGAAGCUGAGGCUGAAAAUCCAUCUCAGGAACUGAAUUUGGAACAGAAAAAAUCAAAAAAAUAGGGGAUUGCUGUUCUUGUUUUAAAUAUUUGCAAGUUGUGUAACAGUGAUUAUAGUUUCUCAUUGUAAAAUUAACAACAAAAUUCUCAAUAAAGUCACUGAAAUUUAAAUUCAUUCUACACUGGGAAAUUAAUUAUGAAGCUCCUGGUGAUAUUUGUGAUUAUAUUCAAAGCUGAAUUAUCAAAACUGAGCACCAGACCAGUGAAUUCUAAAAGCUUUUUGAACAUGGUGUAGAAAGCUGAUGGAUUAUUCAUCACUAAAAACACUUCGUAAGCAAACAGUACAUUAUUAUUAUUAUUAUUAUUUUUAAUUCUACCAAGCAAUGUUAUCCUUAAAGGAUAGUUAUAAGUCAGACACAUUUUGGUAUUUCUGAGCAAGAGCUUUGAUACUGAAAAGUGAGAUGUAUGUUAUGUUCUUAAAUUCUGAAAUUUCUUCUGAACAGUGGUUAAAAUAAGUGUUGUUGGGGAUUGGGUGAAAGCAAAGAUUUUGUGGUUUAUAGUGUGUUUUCACAUAUAAUUAGUUUUACAUGUUUAUGCCUUCCAUGAUUUCAAAGUUUUUCAUAUUGUAUCAUCAUUUUCCUCCUUGUAAAACCUUUCCAUCUUCACAUGAUCUUUGUCUUUUAAUGAAUGCCAGUUUUUUGUCUUGAUUGGGCCAUCCCACACAGUUCUGAUUCCUUUGUAACAAUAUUUGCAUUUAAAUAGCAUAAAAUAACUUCUUCCUGCAUCAUCAGAUCUUAAGUGAAUACUGAAAAUCUAAAAUAAUAAAAAAGAAUUCUUCCUAAAAAAAUCUUUUUUAUUUACUUCUGCUUUUAACUCUGUAUAGGUUACUUAAGUGGGAACGUUAGCACAAGAAACUCAGAUGUAGGUUUAUAGCUUGAUACUUUCACUUGUUGCAAUGAAGAGAACAAGAAUAUUAUUCCGUUUCAGAAUUGAAGCUGCAUUUGCUCAAGUCCCUUAAGGGAAUUUUAUCUUGCUCUAGGAGAAUUGCAUCUUCUUCUACUGCAGAUGUUUAUGUCUUUUUCCCAGUCUUCCAUAUUAUUACUGUUGUUUCUGUAUAUUUACUGGUAAAUCAGAUUGGAAAUAGUAUCAAUUUCAAUUUUCUUGCUUCUGUGUAAACUAUAGUUUUAUAGUUAAAAGGAACAUACCUAUGCUCAAGCAAUAUCUUUUAUAAAUUCUUUUCUGAUUCAUGAGCUUCAAUUAUAUGUCUCUUCAAAAAAUUUCAAAUUUGGGUUUAUCCACCCAAAUUAUCAUACAAAAUUAGCAAAUAUGGUCUCAAUCAUGCAAAAUGGUCUAUUUUUGUUCAUUUCAUGGCAGCAGUUUUCUCUAGGCUAUAUGGCAGCCUGAGACUGUAUGGAAGGUUAAAAUGAAAAAGGUAGAUAUUUGCUUUUCAAUAUUUUUAUGAAAAUACAUUACUUGAUCCUCAAACACCUGAAUGAGAAAGACAGUACAGAUGUUGAGAAAUAGAGAAAAGUUCCAUUUGUUGUAUAAUGCUGUAGAGCUUAAAAGAAGUAUUACUGUAUCUUUCCUACAUUCUUAAAUAUUUUACAUGAAAGAGCAAUCACUUAAAUCAUACUUCUACAAAAAUCCAGCUUAUGUCACCAAAAGUCUACGUUCAGGCUGAUAAAUAGAAAUUUGUCCCCUUAGGCUAAGUUAUUUAAUUCAGACAGUUGUAAAAUGCCAAAAAACAGAGUUUUCAACUGUAAAAUAAUAAUAAUCAGCACUGUUAUCAUAAUCAUACUGUUACUACAUGACGACAAUCGGUAUUGUGCCUCAGAAGAACUAAGUUGAAAAGCCACUGCAGAAUAUUGUGCCUUUUAUUAAAGGUAUGUCCAUGCUGUGUUCAGAAGCCAACUUGGACACCGAAAGCAGUCUUAUCUCCUGUAGAAUGAAGCUCAAAGCAUAUCAGAAUAUGUUCAAAGGCUUAGAGAGAUGAGAUGAGCAAAAGUUUACACAGCUUUAAUUAAACUGACUACAGCCAUUUAUAUGGAGCAGUACAUUCCUUAAAUGUAAACAUACACUGUCACACAUAUGUACUUGUGCCCGAGUAGCCAGCUUUAAUAUUUUAUUUUAUUCUUCCUCCUACCGUGCUGUCCUUGAAUAAUAAAAGCUGCUCUGAGAGUCUAGAUUAAGAGCUAUUUUUUUUCCAUUCCAUCCCUGUCAAGAAUGACAGUGAUGAUGGUCCCCAGUUGGGAAACUCAGUUUUCUCGUUUACCCCAGUAAUAGCUAUUUUAGGGUGGCUUAGGGGAUAAUCAUGUUUUUCAUGCUUGAGGAGAAACUGUCAUUUUCCCCAUAUUAAAGCCAAUUUACCACUUUUUGUACAGUUCAUGAUGGAUUGCUGUUGGUUUUUUAUUCAUUGCUCCAUGUUUGCUUUUUCUCUCCUGUGGAAUGCCAGUUGCCUAUCUGGGAUUUUGUGAGACUCCAACACUGUUUUGUUCUAUUACACACAACCACUUCACUCUCAGACGUGAGCAAAUUUGUUUAUUACUACAAUUUUUGUUUUUGGAAAGGAUUUCUGACUUUUCAGCUCCCUGGUAGGCCUGCCCACUCCGAUCCAGGGCAAGCACUAGGAGGUGUGGGACCUCAUGGCAGUCACACGCAAAACAACCUUUCUAAUUUGUAACAGUGUGUGUUAGGUUGUGUCAUGGAUACAUAUGCAGAAGGUUGCUAGUAUUUAAAAUAUAUUUCCUUAAUAUAAUACUCCAUUGCUCUUGUCACACAAGCAGGAUUUUCAUUCCAAACGCUACACAUUUGGCAUUAGCUACAAAAACAAAGCUGUUUUUGACACAGAUGCUAUUCAUCUGAAAUAACAGAAUCUUAAAUGUUGUGCAGUUAUAAGGAUACCCCAUAAAAGGAAAUCUAUUUCUACUAUAUGUGUGUCUUCUUACUGGUUAAAAUGAGGAUUCACAGUAUUAUUGGUAUUUUGUUAAUGAAAUAUUGAAAUCUACUACUACACUGGGUUUGUGGUGUUCUUUUAUGGUUUUUCUCCUGAACAGAACUGAUCACAGUGCAUUACAGGCAUGAAAUGUGAUAUACAAGAGCUAAUCCAAGCACAAUAUUUGUUUUCUGCUCAUUAGAGAGCAUUGUCAUACUUCUACGCUAAGAAAAUGAUUUAAAUAUGAUUAUUCAUUCUCAGGAGAAUCAGUGUUUAUGCAGUGAGAAUUUUUAAAGCAAAAUAGAAUACACUGAAAUAAAAUUGUAUCACUUUACUACUUCUUACUUAUUGCAGUCCCAUAAGCCUUCUACCGCUGGGUUGGUU